AAAACUGUUAACAAAUUAUUUGUUUAUUAAAGACUAGCUAAACAAUCCCAAACUGUCGAUAAAUCGAUAGUUUAUUGUCACAUCGCUAGUUUGUUUACAAUGCACAGAAUCUUGGCGCCAUGCUGGAACCUGGAAUCAUCAAAAAGUUAGAUGAGGUGGUUGUCAAUCGCAUCGCUGCCGGCGAGAUUAUUCAACGUCCAGCAAACGCACUAAAGGAAUUGUUGGAAAACAGUCUAGAUGCCAAAUCGAGUCAUAUUCAAGUAAACAUUAAGUCCGGCGGUCUGAAGCUGCUGCAAAUCCAGGACAAUGGCACUGGCAUACGCAAAGACGAUUUGGCUAUUGUUUGCGAGCGCUUCACCACAUCCAAGCUUAGCAAGUUUGAGGAUCUAACAGAAAUUGCCACAUUCGGUUUCCGUGGCGAAGCACUGGCCAGUAUUAGCCAUGUAGCCCAUCUGAGCAUUCAAACCAAGACGGCCACCGAGCGUUGCGGCUACAAGGCCACCUAUGCGGAUGGCAAGCUGCUUGCCCCACCAAAACCGUGUGCCGGCAAUCAGGGCACUAUCAUUACCAUCGAAGACUUGUUCUGCACAAUGCCACAGCGACGGCAGGCGCUUAAGUCCCCUGCAGAGGAAUUCCAAAAGAUCUCCGAUGUGCUAGCCAAGUACGCCGUCCACAAUCCACAGGUGGGGUUCGUUCUGCGCAAGCAAGGCGAGCAGCCAAGUCUAAAAACGCAAGCAUGCAGCUCUCGAGCAGAGAAUAUACGCGCUAUAUAUGGUGCCGCCGUUGCCAAGGAGCUGAUGGAGUUCAGUCAUAAGGAUGACAUGUUCAAGUUUGAGAUGGAGUGUCAGCUCACUCAGGUCAACUAUGCUGCCAAGAAGUCAACGCUUCUCUUGUUUAUCAAUCAUCGCCUAGUUGAAUCGUCAGCACUGAAAACUGCACUGGAUGCCGUGUAUGCCACGUAUUUGCCACGUGGCCAACAUCCGUUUGUCUACAUGAGCCUUAUGAUGCCGCCACAUAAUCUGGAUGUCAAUGUGCAUCCGACAAAGCACGAGGUGCAUUUUCUCUAUCAGGACGAGAUCAUUGAGCGCAUCAAGCAACAGGUGGAGGCCAAGCUGCUGGGCAGCAAUACUACACGUAGCUUCUACAAGCAGCUCAAGCUACCGGGCACCGUGGAUCUGGAGGUAACGCAAACGCUGGACAAAACGCAGCGCAUCUAUGAAAAGGACAUGGUGCGCACGGAUUCCACUGAGCAAAAGCUGGAAAAGUUUUUCAAAACGCUGGAGAAAACUGACUCGGGCCUAUCCUCCAGCUCUGGCAAUGAAACGCUAUCACAAGAGGAAAGCUUCCGGGUGACAGCAGCGCGCAAAUCAAAGGAGGUGCGCCUAACCAGCGUGCUGAACAUGCAGCAGAGUGUGGAGCGUCAGUGCCAAGUGCCAUUGCGCAGCAUCGUAAAGCAGCUGGUCUACGUGGGCUGUGUGGAUGAGCGGCAUGCGCUCUUCCAGCACGAGACGCGCCUCUACAUGUGCAACACGCAUGCCUUCAGCGAGGAACUCUACUACCAGCGCUUGGUCUACGAGUUCCAGAAUUGUCCCGAGGUGCGCGUGGUGCCGCCACUGCCGUUGCAGCAACUGUUGCUUAUUGCACUGGACAGCCAGGCCGCCGGCUGGGUGCCCGAGGAUGGCGACAAAACGGAGCUGGCCGAUAACGCAGUGGCCAUACUGCAAGAGAUGGCGCCUCUUAUGCGAGAGUAUUUCGCGCUGCGCAUCUCGGAGCAGGGUUGCUUGGAGUCCUUGCCAGCGCUGCUGCCCCAACAUGUGCCCAGCCGCGCCCAGUUGCCCAUCUAUCUGCUGCGCCUGGCCACCGAGGUGGAAUGGGCAGAGGAGGCGCAGUGCUUCGAGACAUUUUGUCGGGAGACCGCGCGCUACUACGCCCAGCUGGACUGGCAGGACGACGGUGACAUGCGCAGCCAGCACUGGUACAUGGAGCACGUGCUAUUCCCAGGCUUCAAGAAGUUCCUGCUGCCGCCGGCACACCUUAAGAAGCAUCUCUACGAGCUGACCAGCUUGCCUACCCUGUACAAAGUUUUCGAACGUUGCUAGCCGUGAAUUUUUGAAAUCAUUUAAUUUUUAAAUCAUAAUUAACAAUAGAACGAUAUCAGGCAAUUAUACCCAAUCAAUUAAGCACAACCAGCCCUGCAAAACUAUCGUGUUAAAAGGUGCAACUAAUUUCUCAUGUGUGUGAAUUUGGAUGGGCCUGAUUAAUAAAUGUAGUCAGCGUGUCAGUGUGAGUCUGUGUGGGUGUGUAUCUGUGCUAGUAUGAGUGUGUAAUUGCAUGUGUAUUUUUACUGGUCUGUAUCCACAUAUUCUGCAGCAAGCUUUGUUCUUGUUCAAUUCGUCAAACGUAAAACGAAAUACUUAAGCCUAAAGCGCGAAACCGAAAGGUGGGGGAGUAGCCACUGGGAAAACUAUACCCAAGGCGGACCGCAAGUAUUGUCGCCUUGUUUACGUUUUCCCUUUAAAAAAAAAAAAAA